GGGGGGGGGGGGGGGGGUGGAGGGUCCGAAAGAAGGAGCGAGUGACUCUUGGGUCAGCAUUGGGUAAAACGCACGCAACAAAAAAAGGCGGGAAGACACUUUAGAAAGCAUCUUCCCUAGAGUGCUUGUCAGCACUCUCGCAUGGAUUUAUUGGUACGUGCGUGUGGAGGAGAAUGAGGAGAAGAAGAGAGGAACUCGAGAAUGUCCCUUCCCCUAUCGGCGUGCUUAGGGUAGAGGCUGUUGGGUCAGAAAAAAAACAUUCCCCGUGCUUUUUAGGUGGAAGGAUACAAGUUGCAGAAGAGAACUUUUUUAAACGUUAGGCGCUAACCAUCGGACGAGGAAGAACACUCUCUCGGAGCUCCGCCACGCACAGGUGCAGCUCAGCCAUCGCCACCUCUCCCGAUCCCAUGAUGUGACCAUGCACUCAACUGCCUGCACAUGAACGGAGGUCAUCGCUGGAUCUCCUUCAGUGGACAACCCCUCUCGGAUGCGUUCCAUCCCUUGGCAAUGUCACUCGGACUCGACCUCGCUGGAUCGCUGCAUCCAGGCCACGCUGUCGGCCCUUUACCCGCCGUUUGAGGCCACGGCCGCCACCGUUCUGGAGCAGGUGUUCUCGCUUGUGGAGGAGGCCUACCAGGGCGAUGGCCUGCGCUACUUGCUCGAGUUCCUCGUGCCGGGCAAGCACCUCCUGCAGACGGUGCAGCAGGACUCCUGCUCAUGUUUCCCCGGCCGCUUGUUCCGCCACGAAGGCUGGCCGCUGUGCAUGGGCGAGAAGAUAAUCCUGCAGCUGGCUCCACUCGACCCGCGGCUGCUUAAACCCCGCGACUUCUACCUGCUGCUCACCCCCGCGAGCAAGGCAGUCGGGCGAGGCGGUCAGCCGGCGGUCGCGGCGACGCCCGUGCGCGCCAAGCCUCUGCUGACGCAGCAGCGGCAGCAGCAGCAGCAGCAGCAGGAACCCUCUCCGAGGAUUGUCGUCCGCUGUCUGGACGAGUGGGACCGCCGCUGCGUGCAGGAGAUCGCCGUGCCCCAAGAGGAUUACGCGCGCGUCUUCAGCGACGGGUGGCUGGCGAGCCUGAACGCGCGGCGCGUCGGCACGCCGCUGGAGAACUGCGUGCUGGCGAGCGAGGGCGGCCCCGUCCGUCUCGCCUGGCCGAAGGUGGCGCAGCCGCAGUUCGUCGACUGCGUCAAGUACGCGCCGUCCCCGGCCGGUGGCCCGGCGCUCUGGGCCGGCGACGUCCUCGCCGGCUGCGACGGGCGGCCGCCCGCCGACUCGACGCUGCCCACGAAGCUGCGCCUGAAUUUGAGGUCAGAAUGCAGAGAUUCGGGAAUCGAUUGCAGACGGAACUCCUGCUCUGAGCUGAGCAGAACGUUCACGAUGGAGUGCGACGACUGCGAUCCCGAUUGCAACCAGAAUUCUGUUGUGAGUCCCAGGACAAACUUCAAAGUGGAUUCUCUGAAAAGCGUUGGUACCGAUUGCAGGGAUUCUGGAAUUGAGUGCAGGGCGAAUUACAAAUCGGAGUCGUUGGCCAGUUCUGCCAGCGACUGCAGUAAAAGCUCGGCGACCACAAGCAUUGCUGCUUGUACAAUGAAAAGCGAUUCCUCUUCAGUAAAGGAAGACUCUGAAAGCCCUCUUUUGAGUGGCUCAGAAACCUGUAGUGUGGUGCCAAAUGGAUUCACUCCAGAGGAUACUGCCCCGAGUAAUGAUGCCCAUUGUGAAUUUGAAAAGCCGGAGAUUCACUUUAUGAAGUGCAGAGAACUUUCUGUGGCGCAUAGCCCUAAUAACGGGUCUCCUACCGCGUCCAUCAGCGCCCCGAGUGAUCCGCCGCAAAGGCCUGGCGACGCGUCGUGCUUCCGGGUGCCUGCCCAGGGCAGCGGCGCCAACAAUCCGUGUGCAGACGCGCUCAAAGACAACGACGCCUCCGCGGGUGCUUUCGAAGAUCCGGAAGGCGACUACGUCGAGCUGGUAGAAAUCUACAACAGGGCGACCGCCUGGCGAGGCCCACCGCGCGUGGACACUCACGGCAGGAGCUCGCUGACUCGCCACUGCGGCGCCGCGGGCAAGAACGCCGAGAACGGAGGCAGCCGGGCCGGCGGCAGGCUCGUCGUGUUCCGGGAGGAGCCGCCCAAACGCAGCUGCGAGUGGAAGCGGGACUCGGCACUGUUCGAGAGACGCAGGUUCUACCGAAAGUCCUACAUCGAGGCCCUGCAGAACCCGAUGGACAUCAGCUCGGCGUCUGACGAUUCGUCCGUAGGUGAAGCAGAGGAGGUGAAGGACCUUGAGGAUGACCUCCGAGCGGCCCCCGUGGCAGAGCUGCCGAGUGACAGCCCGGCUCCCUGCACGCCGAUCGCCAAGCGGGAUCCCGUGACUGAGACGCACUUUGGGCUCUCCGAUGAUGAUGAUGAUUUUGAUGACGAGCAGGAACAAACAGAACGGAACUGUGUAGAAGAUUGUUUACAAACCGAAUGCCCAAGUGAGCUGGACUCCACCUCUGUUCAGGUUCUGGAGCACAAAACCCUGGCCGCAUCUCCUGGUGCCGACAGCUGCCAUUUAAGUGAAACGUUUUUCCCAGGUGCCCCUGAACAAAUACACUUGGUGAAAGAGCUGCCUGUUGAACACUGCGACGAAGCCACAGUGCCUAAAAUCGGUAGUCCGGGUCCAGAUAACAUCAAGGAAGCCCGUAGAACAUCGGAACAAGAUGAAGCGGACGCAAUAAAUGGACUGUGGAAAGAUAAAGAGGAUGGGUUAGAGGUGAUGGCAGAACGUGAAGCUGAGCUGUUGGUUCGCGAUGAAUGUGCCUUGGACGCGAGUGAACUCGAGGCGGUGACAGCAGAACCUCUGGAUGCUGAGGGGCCCACGGUGACGCAGGCCACGGACAUCGCAGGAAGCUUCGACUCUGUUGUCGUGGGAGACAGCAAAGUCCUGGAGCUGCAUAAGAAACCUCCGAGCCAGCCUGCAUGCACGGAGUCACCGAGGAGAAUGAACGGCAUGGUGCUCUGUGUGGAAACAUCGCUGCUGAGAGAUCAGGAUGAGAGUGUAUUCCAAGAGCCGCGCGGCGCGAUCGGCGCGGCCAGCGACGCGGAGGAGAAAGGCGCCGACCGUCGCCAGGACCCCCGCGGCUCCGCGAGCGAUCGGCCCAAGGGGGACGAGGAUGCGGCGCAGGGAAUGGCCGGGGACAAAGGCGGCGCGCGCCCGCGGGGCUCUCCGGAGCGAGAGGCGGCGAGCCCCGCGCCGGGCUGCCCCACCGAGUGGCAGCAAGUGAGCCUCGAGCUGCUGAAGUCGGGCGUGGCGUACCUCACCGGGAGCCGGGAUCGAGGGGGACGCGCGGUCGUCGUCGUGUGCGCUCGCAACACGGCGUGGCUCGACCCCGACUGUUGCAGUACGCAGCUGUGCCGCCUCCUGCUCUACCUCCGCUCCAUUUCCAGGGGUGCCGUGCGCGAGAUGGGCCUCACGGUGGUCGUCGACGCCAGAAAGGUUCACCCUCUGCCCGCCCUGUUCAAGGCCUGCACCGCCAUGCAGGAGACGAUCGCCAACAGCCUGCACUCGGUGCUGAUUCUGGUGGAUCGAGAGCCCUCCUUUAAGCUGGAAAAGUCUUCAGUCGUCCAGUACGACAUCGUGACGUCGCUCAAAUCGCUCUACAAGCACAUUGAUCCGGCGCAGCUUCCGCAGGAGUUCGAGGGCACGCACCCCUACUGCCACGAGGACUGGCUCACGUUCCGCAUGAAGCUGGAGCCCUUCCUGUCUGCGUGCCGGGGAGCCGGCGUGUUUUUGCGGAGCUCCAUCCAGACGCUGACCGACAGUCCCCCUCCUAAGACGGCGCAGGAGGCACGGGACGUCGCCGAGCGCCACCGGAAGAUGAUGGCGCGGGUGCUGGAGGACUCGCGCCUCGUGGUGCUGCAACGGGAGGGUGGCGCUGCUCUGGCACGGCUCAAGCGCGAGGAUUCCCCCGUCACCGCCUCCCCCGACUACCGGGAUGCGAUGGCAGCCGUGACGGUGCUGUACAGCGAGGUGGAGGAGCUGGUGCACGGACUGGUGAUGCUGUCAAACCAGAGCCUGCAUCGCCUGGGUUUCCUGGCCGACUUCCUGGCUCUUCGCGAGGAGACUCAAGAGCUGUGCAGGUGGCUGGCGGUGGACGGGCAGCUCGAGCCGUCGUCCCUGGGCGUCCCGGGCGACUCGAUGGACAAGCUGCAGGAGGCUCGCCGGACGUUUGAGGCGUUCGCCCAGACUGCGACGGAGAAGAGCGCCGUGGGCCAGCGGCUGCUGCGGCGUGCGGAGGAGAUGAGCGUCUCCCACGAGGGCUUCGCGGAGCUGCGGGCACUGCCAGCGCUGCGCGAGGAGCUCGCGGCCAAGCUCGCCUCGCUCGCCCAGCGGAGGGACGCGUGGAGGCGGACGCUGGAGGACACCGCCACGCUCCACGAGUUCGUCGACAAGGCGUGCGACUGGGCAGCGGAGGGCGUGCGUCUGCUCGGCCGCGUGACCCUGGAUAGCCCCGAGGAAGUUGCGCCGGCGCUGCGUACCCUCCAGGACUACAGCGCUGGCCGUGGAGCGGGGCUCACGGACGAGGCGUUCAUGGAGAUGCGCGAGGUGGCCCAGGGCCUUGGGAGCGACAAGGGGCUCCAGCGCUGGAAGUUCGCCUGGUUCAAGUACCAAGACACGCGGCAACUGCUCGGAAAAAAGAUGGAGACGCUCCGAAAAAUGAAAAAGGCAUCAGAGUCGUCGAAGAAGGCCACGCACACGGACACGCAGAUGACUGUGGCCAAAGUGCUGGGUUUAGACAAGAGCCAACCAGAAAGGCAGAAAAUACCGGACAUUGGAACUCCUAAGCCUGUCCCCAAUUCUCCGGACAAAGCGGCGCAAGUUCUCCCACCCAAAGAGCCGCACGCACCGCCCCUUAAUUGCUCAGAGGAGCAAGCGUUUCCCGCUCGAAGCGGCCAAGAGCAGAGCGAGCAGGGAGUGCCGCCACCUCUGCAGGCAUCCACGCCCCUGCUGGGGAGGCCCAGCCGCAUGCAGUCUUACCUGCAGGACUGCCGCGCGAGAUCCCACUCCACCACCGCCGCCUCGUUGUCGUCGUUGUCGUCGUGCGCCACGGAGCCCGCCGGACAAAAACAACGGAGCACCCACCCAUGCUCCGCCACCUCUGCCUUGUGCUACAAGGAGUCCCUGCGCCAGGCGGCCGCCUCCCAGUUCAAGCACCACGUCUCCUCCGAGUUCCACCGCAGGGGCUCCUCCGCCUCCACCUCCUCCGCCUCCUCCUCCUCCUCGUCGCACAGAAGCAAACCCGCCGGCGGCUCCGUGUCCUCCUCCAAGUCCUACCACGGCGAGCCGGAGGAGCGACUCUUCUCCUCCCCCUCCCCCUCCGACUCUCCGUUCCCUCCGCUGUCCUCGCCGCCCUCCUUUCCGCCGCAGCACGGCCACCCGAAGCUCUGCCACACCCCGUCGGCCUCGUCGUGCCACUCGGAGCCGGCCCCGUCGCCCCAGCCCUGGCCGAGGCCGCCCCGCCAGCCCGCGCAGAGGACGCCCGCGGCGGGCGCCGCCGCCGCCGCCCCCCACCGAGAGCGCAGGGAGUCGAGCGCGUCGCUGGGCUGCGCGUCGCCCGACGGCGCGGGAACGUCGCCCGCCUUCCACCAGCGGUCGGGCAGCGAGCCGGCGCGGCGCUCGGGCAACACGGGCGUCUACAUCAAGGGGCUGGAGGUGUGCGGCGACGCGGCGGCUGCGGCGGUGGCCGAGGAGCGCGGCGUCGCCCUGGGGGGCCCGCCCCACGCCGCCCUCGCCAAGGUGCGCAGCCUCCCCGACGGCCCCACGUUCUACGGGUCGGCGGCUGACGUGAGGCUACGGACCAGCGGCAAGCUGGGCCACGUGGUGGCCGAGAUGGUGUCGACGGAGCGCGAGUACGUGCGCUCGCUCGCCUACGUGGAGGAGAGCUACUUCCCCGAGCUGGAGCGGCCCGACACGCCGCAGGACCUCCGCGGCCAGCGCUCCGUCAUCUUCGGCAACCUGGAGAAGCUGCACGACUUCCACGCACGCUACUUCCUGCACGAGCUCCAGCAGUGCUUCAGCCACCCGCUGCGAGUGAGCCACUGCUUCCUGCGCUACGAGAAGCAGUUUGAGAUGUACGCCCUAUACAGCAAGAACAAGCCACAGUCGGAUACACUACUGGCCAGUCACGGCAACGCCUUCUUCAAGCGGAAGCAGCUGGAGAUGGGAGACAAGAUGGACCUGGCGUCGUACCUGCUGAAGCCCAUCCAGCGCAUGAGCAAGUACGCGCUGCUGCUGCGCGACCUCAUCAAGGAGUGCAGCUCGCUGGCCGGCGUUCCGGCCGACGGGGGCGUCCUGCCGCGCGCCGCCUCGCCCGCGUCGCCGUCGCCGCCGCCGUCGCCGUUGCCCGGGGCCGCCGUCCCGGCCUAUGCCAUGGACCAGGAGCUCGCCGAGCUGAGGGCGGCGCUCGAGCUGGUCCGCUUCCAGCUGCGGCACGGCAAUGACCUGCUCGCCAUGGACGCCUUGCGCGACUGCGACGUGAACCUGAAGGAGCAGGGCCAACUGAUGCGUCAGGACUCGCUGGUGGUGCUGAGCGGCCGCCGGAGGUAUCUGCGGCACGUCUUCCUCUUCCAGGAGAUGGUGCUCUUCAGCAAGACGAAGCGCGUUGAGGGCGGCUAUGACGUGUACGUCUACAAGAACUCCUACAAGACUGCGGACAUCGGCAUGACGGAAAAUGUGGGAGACAGCGGCCUGCGAUUCGAGAUCUGGUUCCGGAGGAGGAAGUCCAACGAGACGUUCAUCCUGCAGGCUCCGUCUUCCGAGGUCAAGCAGGCCUGGACGGAGGACAUCUCUAAAAUCCUCUGGCAGCAAGCUCUCCGCAACAGACAUAUACGGAUGCAAGAGUUGGUGUCCAUGGGGAUUGGGAACAAGCCCUUCCUCGACAUUAAACCCAGCGAUGCAGCCAUCAAUGACCGUGCCAUAGACUACAUCAUGAAGGAUAGAGGCGCGGCUAGGACACGCGCGUCCAUUGCCGUGUCGUCCUUCGACCACUCGCAGCCGUUCAAGCGGCCGCACUCCACCAUCUCCAGCAGCAGCAGCUCGUCGUCGUCGGGCCGCAGCCAAUCGUCGUCCUCGCUGCUGGGGCCCCUCAACCUGCACGUGUGCGGCGCCGCCGGCGCCAUCCCCUUCUCGCCGCGCGGCACGGGGGGGGGAUCGGCUGCCGGAGGGGCGGCUGCGGCUGCGGCUGCGGCUGCGGCGGCGGCGGCGGCGGGGCGGCCGCACGACGUCGGUGGCCGCAUCGAGGAGCUCGACGAGCUGGAGUACGAGAGCGGCAGUCAGCCAUCGAUGACAACGGAGAGCUCCGAGUCGUCGCAGUGCACCUCGCGGGAGAGCGGCUGCGACUACGGCUCGCCCGACGCUGCCCCCGUCCCCGCGGAGCGGCCGCCCCCAGGGACGCGCCUCUCCCCCUCGCCGUCCGCCUCGCCGUCGUCCGUCCCGUCCGCGGCGUCGUCCGUCUGCUCGUCGACGUCCCGCACCUCGGACGUGUCGCUGCUGGGUCCCUCGGACGCGUCGCCAGAUGGCGCGUUCGCGGUCGCACCGAAAAAUCGGAUGACCUCUACGUUGGUCUGAAAGUCGCAGCAGACGGCAUAAAGUCUCGGAAGGACACUAGAGGGUGGCAUUACGCUGGAAGUCGACAGCCAGACCGAGACGCCGUCACCCCCUGCCACCCCCUGUCUCCGUGCGGACAGAGGCCCGCGCGGACUCACGGAUUCUCUCCUUCGCCGUGCUCGCCAAGGAGGGAACGAGCCCUCGCUUCUCGCGGUUCUCACAAAGAGCACCGUCUGUCAAAACUAGAAAAAUAUAUAUUCCAAUCAACGAGUACGCUUUGUAAUUUGCAAACGUGAACACAAUUAGCGGUGUGUCAUGCAAAUAACUUGAGCUGCAUUUCCCCCCCCCCCCAUCCCACCACCCCUUCCAAAAUCAUUUCAGCAGACGUUAUGCUGAGUACAGCAGCAGUGUUUGUAAACUAAAGUACUCCACCUUUUUGCACAAGAGUCCGAGUUAAUUGGACCCAGUGUUUGCCUCACAGCCAGAAGGUUUUGCGAGUUCUGAAUCCUGUUGUGUCCGUUGCCUUUGCCGUGGCUCGACUUUGUCAGAGGCAGCUGCUGCGGUAUCAAAACGACGUGCACAUGGCCUGCCUUGGUGACGAUGUCGCUUACUCGCGCGUUGCGGAUAAUGCGUCCGAACAAGAUAUUUUGAGACUUGGGGGAAACUAAAAAAAGUGCUUUGCCCCCCCCCCCCACAUCAACUGGUAAUUCUUACAUUUUGUAAACUCGCUUGCGAUGUUAAUUAUACGUUGUUUGAUUAACUUUUGCCGAAUAAAACAAACUAUAUAUGCUAUUAACAUGUCAUCAUCGCCUUUGACUGUUUGGGUUAAACAGGUGGGCGGGUUAUUUUUGUACGCAUUGCAAAAGAAAUGUAAUGGCAUAAUGCGACGCGCCAAUAUUUUAUAUCAGCCCAUCAUAAUUUACAUCUGUGCGCUUGUGUGAUACUGUUAAAAUGUACCGUUUUACAUUUGUUGUGUAUUUUUUGUAAAGUUUUGAAGCUUGUUUUGUAGUUUAUUGUAGUUUACUACUUGUUUUUAAAAAAAAUGUACAGUCUUUUUUUUGCAUAACCACAAUAAAAACACUCGGCCUUUUUAGAAGGCAUUAAAUAA